AUGGCAUCAAAGAGCAAGGAACAUUGGGCUAAUAUAUACUGCCGUACAGCUCGCCUCCAAGAAUACCAGGUCGUUGGCCGUCUGUUGCCCACUGACGCCAACCCCACCCCUAAGCUCUACCGCAUGCGCGUCUUCGCUCCCAACGAGGUCGUCGCCAAGAGCAGAUUCUGGUACUUCUUGUCUCAGCUGAGAAAGGUCAAGAAGGCAAACGGCGAGAUCGUCACCCUCAACCNNAGGUACGACUAUUCUCAAACCUAUACAAUGCUAUCUCCCGGAAAUGGGCUGCAGCGUUUGGCGUUAAGUGACGCGAUUAACACGCGCCUGCAGAUUCAUGAGAAGCGCCCCCAGAAGGUCAAGAACUUCGGUAUCUGGAUCCGCUACGACUCUCGCUCUGGUACCCACAACAUGUACAAGGAGUACCGCGAGAUGUCCCGCUGCGAGGCUGUCCAGGCCCUCUACCAGGACAUGGCCGCCCGCCACCGUGCCCGCUUCCGAUCGAUCCACGUACGUCCCUCUCUUGCUGGCCUCGUGUUGCCCGCCCUGGCUAACCAGCUCCGCAGANUCAUCAAGGUCGUUGAGGUCGAGAAGGCCGAGGACAUCCGCCGCCCCUACAUCAAGCAGCUCCUCACCAAGAACCUCAAGUUCNCCCUUCCCCACCGUAUUCCCAAGACCGCUGGCAAGAAGGUCUUCGCUGCCCACCGCCCUGCCACCUUCUUCUAA